CACUCGCACUUCAUUUUCUGUUGUGGGAGGCAGAACGCUCGUGCGCCACCGCGUCAUCUCUACAUGCUAGCUCUGUAGCUCGAGAAGUCAUCAGCAGACAGGUAAGCAGACAGACAGACAAGCAGGUAGGCAGACAGACAGACAGACAGACAGACAGAAUGCUCCACUAGCUAGCUGCAGAAUAACGCGCGUGCGUGAACCGUCAACAUGGCGCACUGGACCACCUUCGACAAGGAGACGGAGAGGGAGACGAAGAGGCUGGUCCGGUGCAUCGGGGGCGUCCAGGACGAGGAGGACCAGAACUUUCAGCUGGCGCACAAGUUCGCCUGGUCGAACUUCAGGUUCCAUCGGUACCUGGACGUAGACAGCCACAAAGUGCAGCGCAGCAUCAGUGGAAUCCACGAGAAGCUCAUGGUCCACUCGGACGUGAGGAAAGCAGAGAGCUGGACGGGGCUGACGGAGGAGUUCCUGAACUCACCGCUACCGAACACCGAGGGAACCAAGAGCGACGCCCACUACGGCGUCCUCUCUCUGCUGCUCUUCUUGUCCACGUCGCCCUUACACACCGACUUCACGGAGAGACCGCGGCUGAAGGAGGCCGAAGAAGAGGACAGCUUCGACUGGGCUCAAUAUCUGCGGGAGGGGGAGGACGGAGACGUGGGGCCGUACCCAGAGACCCCUGACUGGUCCGAGGAGGAGAGCGAGGAGGAUGACGGACAGCAGCCGAUCAGCAGGGAGGACUCCGGGAUCCAGCUGGACCGAACGCCCCUGGAGGACCAGGACAACAACAACAACAACAACAAGGCGUCUCCGGUUACCUGGACAGUGGGCGAGCCCGGCGCCCGGCUCUGGCUGGAGCGCCACGUGGUGACGCCGUACUGGGUGGCCCACGCGCCUCGCUUCCCUCACAGCCUACACCUGCACUCCAACCUGCUCAACGUGUGGGAUCAGCACCUGUACAACACAGAUCCGUUGUACCUGCCGGAGGAAAAGGCGUUCGUCACGGAGACUCAAGUCAUACGGGAGACGCUGUGGCUUCUCUCCGGCGUGAAGAAACACUUCAUAUUCCAGCACCACGAUGGGAAAGUGUCGGUCAGGUCCAACGUGGUGGUGACUCACCUGACCCCUAACUGCCUCCGCUCCGUCCUGGACCACGUGGCCGUGUUCGGUCAGGCGGUGUUCCGGCUGCAGCGGUUCAUCGACGAGGUGACGGGUCACGGCUCGGAGCCCAGCCCGCCGGGCUCCUCCCACGGCUCCUCCCACGGCGCCAAGAGGGGCUCGGAGCCGCCCUUCAGGACCUACCAGGCCUUCGUGUGGGCGCUCAACAAGUACUUCACCGGCUUCAAGGAGGAGCUGACCACGAUUGAGAGGGAGCUCAUACGCAAUGAUGAGACCGUGACCCUGCUGGCGGUCCUGGAGCGACUCAACCCUCACCUGGCGCAGAUCAAAGUGCUGCACAAGGUGUUCAGCACCGGGGUCGCCGAAGUGCCCCCCGAGACCCCCAACGUGGUGCGGGCCUCCCACCUGCUCAACACGCUGUACAAAGCCAUCAUCGAGUACGACGGCGCCGGGGAGGCGUCGGAGCAGGCGGUGGCCUUGUUGUUUUCUCUGUGGACGGAGACCGUCAGGCCGUACCUGGAGAUCGUGGACGAGUGGAUCGUUCACGGCCACCUGUUUGAUCCCGCCAGAGAGUUCAUCAUCCAGAGGAACAAGGACGUGCCGGUGAACCACAGGGACUUCUGGUACGCCACCUACACCCUGUACAGCGUGUCGGAGACGGUGGAGAGCGAGGAGAAGCUGAGCGACGCGGCCAGCGGGAGCUCCGCGGGCGAGCAGGGCUCCAGCGCCCGGCAGCUCACCAUGGUGUCCUUCCUCAAGCCCGUGCUCAAGCAGAUCAUCAUGGCCGGCAAGUCCAUGCAGCUGCUCAAGAAUCUGGACUGCAAGGAGACGGAGCGGUCGGAGAGGUCGUCCAGAGACGCAGAGAGGAAGAGUCUGUACACUCGCUUCCUGGAGUCGGUGCAGUCGCGUCUCUGCAGUCGAGCCGAGUCCCCCGAGGACCCGGCCGCCGAGCAGCAGGCCACCAGGAGGAGCCUGAUCAAGAUGCAGUCCAUCAUCUCGCAGCACCUGGAGAUCGAGGACGUGCACGAUCCGCUGUUGGCCAUUAACUUUGCCAGGCUCUACUUGGAGCAGAACGACUUCCACGAGCGUUUCUCGGGCGGCGAGUUGAACGUGGACCGCUCGUCUCAGUCCGUCACCUGCCAGACCUUCGAGCUCACGCUGCGCUCCUGCCUCUACCCGCACAUCGAGCGGCGCUACGUCGAGUGCUGCGGGAACCUCAUGAAGACUCUGAAGAAGGACUACAGGCUGCUCGGAUACCUGCAGGCGAUGAGGAACUACUUCCUGCUGGAGGCCGGAGACACCAUGUACGACUUCUACACGGCCAUCUUUGACAAGGUGCAGGAGAAGGAGAGCUGGCAGCAGCUGUCCUUCCUCAACGGUCAGCUGCAGGAGGCCGUGGGACAGCGCCACCCCGAGGACAGCAGCAGGUUGUCGAUCUUCUUGGAGACCAUCGAUCCGUCCAGAAAGAAGCAUCCUGUGAACAAUCUAGAGGUUCUCACUCUGGGUUACAAGGUCCCCUGGCCUGUGGACAUCGUGAUCAGCUCCGAGUGUCAGAAGAUCUACAACCAGGUGUUCCUGCUGCUGCUGCAGAUCAAAUGGGCCAAAUACAGCCUGGACACGCUGCGCUUCAGCGAUUUCACCGACGUCGCCAAGAAGCCGUCUGGAGCUCCGGUGGAGGACGCGAAGCCCAAAGAGCCGAUAAAGCAGCAGACCCACCGGAUGUGUCUGCUGCGCGUCAAGCUGAUGCACUUCGUCAACAGCCUGCACAACUACAUCAUGACCCGGAUCCUGCACAGUACAGGUCUGGAGUUUCAGCACCAGGUCCAGGAGGCCAAGGACCUGGACCAGCUGAUCAAGAUCCAUUACAGAUAUCUGGCAACCAUCCACGACCGCUGCCUCCUGAGAGAGAAGGUCAGUUUCGUGAAGGAGGCGAUAAUGAAGGUUCUCAACUUGGUCCUCAUCUUCUCGGACCGGUGGCGGGCCGGAUUCGGAGCCUGGAAGAUCGAGUCCAUCGAUAAAAUGGAGUCCGACUUCAAAAACUGCCACAUGUUCCUGGUGACGAUCCUCAACAAGGCCGUGUGCCGCGGCUCCUUCCCUCACCUGGAGUCUCUGGCUCUGUCGCUGAUGGCCGGCUUGGAGCAGUGCUGAGCAGCCGGGCCCGAGGCUCGUCGGUCUGACCGUUGCCGUGGUGACGCACGGCGUCGUUUCGAGUCCAACGAGCUGCUGUGAACAAAUAUUUAAAACGUGACUUUUUGUAUAAAGGAGUUUUUUUAACGAGCUGUUGUUAAUAACGUGUAUAUAUGAAGCACAAUAAAUAUUGCACAAUGA